AACAAACGAACAAGCGUAAGGCAAAAAGACAGGCUACGCUCUCUUAGCAAUGGCGAUAAAAAGCACCUCCUUGGCCAUUUGCCUCCUCUUUUCUUUGGCCACCAUAGCCACUGCUUACUAUUCUCCCUCAUCUCCUCCGGUUUACAAAUCACCUGAAAACAAACCCACGCUCCCACCUCCGGUUUACACUCCACCGGCUUACAAACCAACUCUCCCACCUCCAGUUUACACUCCACCAGUUUACAAGCCAACCCUUCCCCCUCCCGUCUACACCAAACCAACUCUUCCACCGGUUUACAAGCCAACUCUCCCUCCUCCCGUCUACAAAAAGUCUCCUACCUAUUCUCCUCCUUCAUAUGUCCCAAAACCAACCUACUCUCCUCCCACCAAGCCAUAUGUCCCAAAGCCAACAUACACUCCUCCCACCAAGCCAUAUGUUCCAAAACCAACCUACACGCCUCCCACCAAGCCAUAUGUCCCAAAGCCAGCCUACACACCUCCCACCACGCCAUAUGUUCCAAAGCCAACCUACACUCCACCCACCAAGCCAUAUGUCCCAGAGGUUCCUACAGUCGUUGAUGGCAUCAUUCUCUGCAAAAACGGUUACCAAACCUACCCAAUUCAAGGAGCAAAGGCAAAGAUCGUGUGCUCCGAGCCAGGAUCAUACGGGAAGAAGGAUGUUGUGAUCUACAGCGACCCAACUGACUCUAAGGGGUACUUCCAUGUGGCGUUGACCGACAUCAUCAAGAGCCUACUUCACUGUCGUGUCAAGCUCUACACAUCUCCGGUUGAGACUUGCAAGAACCCGACCAAUGUCAACAAGGGUCUCACCGGAGUUCCAUUGUCUAUGUACGGAUACCGUUACCACUCCGACAAGAACCUGAAGAUCUUUAGCGUCGGACCUUUCUACUUCACCGGUCCCAAGUCUGCUCCCACCACUCCCAAAUAUUGAUGAUGAUCAUAUUAAUAUGGUGAUGGUCUUUUUUUUUUUGAAGAAAAUAUGGUGAUGAUCUUGCAUGCAUUAUAUAUGAGGUCACGUUGAUCAAUUUACUGUUUAAAACUUUUCCCUUUAAAAUGUUCUUUUGUUUUCUUUGUACCAAUUUCAUUUGAUUCGUUGCAUUACCGAUGCAAUCUUUCUUUUUGGUUAUGUUAUGUUUUGCAAUUGUAUU